GCCAGAUUAACGAAUGAAUGCUGAAAGCUAUUACAAAAAGGUCAGUCUAAAAUUGUUUAGUGGAAUUGUUUUGGAGAAUCAGCUGAUCCAGUCGUCAACACCUGCUGAAGAAUUUCCACAAUAAAUUACGCCCCCCGAUGGGUUCUACCAAGGAUGGUAGUGGAGGGCAGGAUCUGUGGUGGGAAAGUCCCUCCCUCUCACCAGGUGACCUCCGACAGCAUGCAGAAUCUUGGAAUCUGGGUGGUGAUGCUGCCACUGCAUCUCUUUUACAGAGCAUAUCGCAGAGGCUGGUGUCACGUACUCAUGAAGUGGAGGGUAUGCUGCAAAAGGUGUUGGAGGAGACCGAUCGGGUCUCCUCCACAAUCCUCAACACAAGUAAUGCUUUCCACAUGCUCGCCAAUACUCAGUUUAUAGAAAACAGGACAUAUCAAGAUGAUGCAGAUGUUGCUAUUAGCAAGGCUCCUGUAGCUCAAGCUAAGUCUGCAGUUACUGAAGAAGAAGUGAUUGCUCAGUGCCAAGCAGCCAUCUCAUGUGGAAUCGAUUUGGUGAACAAGAGUUAUGAGCGUCAUGAAAUUCAGGAUUCUGAAUCUGAAGAUGAAGAUGGUCAUGAGAGCCCUCUGCCAGUCUAUGCAAUCAUCGACCCAUAUGAAAGCAGGCCUCUUCCUUAUAUAAUUGGCUCACAGAUGUUUAUGCAAGACAACAGGAUAGGCUUGCAUGACCCUUCAAGUGAGGAGAACUCGAAAGCUACUCUUACGCCAGAGGAAACGGACACAGAUGAGGAUUCUGAUUCAGAGUUGAAGAAAAAUAAGCCUAUUCCUGCUAGUAGUUCAAAGAUUGUUGAUGACAGUGAUUCUGAUAUAUCAGGUGAAAUUUCUGAUGUGCCAACAAAGAAUCACGUACAUAAUGAUCAUGUCCAUCGGACCAUCUCAAGUGACGAGGAAGAUGGUGAUGAUGACGACGAUGAUGCUUUUAAGCCAUCAACUAAACCUUCCUCAAAGGUCACCAGAAAUGGACCCAGUCUUACCAACGAAUUGAAUAAUAAAUUUAACAGUGCCACAGCAGCAACAGCACCAUCUGCAUCAAGUAAUAGGGGUAUAGGUUUUGAUUCAGAGAGUGACGAAGAUGGUGACCUCUUUGGGAGUACAAAGCCCUCAAGGGAUCUGUUUGGGGAUUCCCAAGCAGUCAAGACAGAUAGAAGAGAUUCCGGUAGCCACAGAUCUAAUUCAUCUUCUAGUAUAUCAAGGACAGGUGUUGAAAAUGUUAGGGCAAUGCCAAAUCCAACCAAAGUUAAAAUUCCCCAAGCUAAGCGACCAUUGCCUCCUAAAAGUGACUUCUUUGCAAGCGAAAGUGAUGAAGAUGACUUGUUUUCAAGUAAAUCUCGAUCGUCGUCUCGUGUAAGUAACUCAAGUAACAAGCUAUUACCCCCAGCCCAAGCUCCAACAAAUAAGGGAUCUUCAGGUCUGUUUUCUAGUGAUGGAGAAGAUGAAGAUGGAGGACUCUUUGGUGCUCAGACUGCUGUUCCUCAUGGUGAUGGGACUCCUGCCGAGGAAACCACCAAAGAAAGUCUUGUAUCCAAGUCUUCUAGAAGUAAGGUCCCAGUUGGAGGUGUAAAUAUAUUUGGUUCUGCCAUUACAUCUGCUCUAAGGAAGCAACAGAUGCCAGACACUGAUCAGUCUGAAGGUUCAGAUUGGGAAGAUAAUGAAAAAGCACCUCCACCUGUCAAGAAAAAGGAAGUUCCUGACUCUGAUAAUCUUUUUAGUAAAAAGCAAGAUCCUUCACCUGCCAGUCAUUCAGUCACACAAGUUACUACAGCUGGGAAAAGUGCUGUGGGACAUAACCUUUUCGAUGAUGACGAUGAUGAUGAUCUCUUUGGGGUCACUUCAAAGAGGAAUGUAAGCAUUUCAAAGCAGAGUCCUUCAACAUCAACGGGAGUCGUAGAAAAGAAAACUAAAGAAAAGGGUCCACAAGGAAGUAUCACAAAUAUAAAAUCAUCGCAGCCAGAAAGCAAAACCUCUUUGGGGUUGUUUUCAGAUGAUGAUGAUGAUCUGUUUAGCAUUCCAGUUGCCAAAGAAAGCAAACCAAGUACAAUUCCAGUGAGCUUGCCAUAUAGUGAAUCUCCAAGCUCUCAGAAGCUAGGAGGAACCAAGAAUUUGGGAGAAAUGCCUUCUGAUGUUUCAAAGAAAAACAUAACAACCCCAGCCAUUAAUGUUCCUGUUGAAAAGACACCUCAACCUAGUUCUCUCUUUAGUUCACCUAGUGAUGAUGAUCUUUUCUCCCCUUCCAAAAUACCAAAAACAAAGUCUGUCCCGGUUGUUAUAACAGAACCUCCACCACUUCCACCAGCCAAGAGUGGAGAAUCAGUCAAUGAUAUUUUUGGUUCUCCAUCUAGUGAUGAAAAUCUCUUUGAUCCUCCUGCAUCUGUAACAUCUAAGCCAAAAUUGAAAUCUGAAAAAAUAACAGCUGUUCAGCCUGGAGGAGGUAGUGGUUUAGUAGAGAAUGUAAAAGAAAAACCCCCACCCAGUUUGACAAAAAGCCUUUUUAGUUCUCCAUCAGAUGAUGAUGAUCUUUUUUCAACUGCUCCUGUUGUGGUCAAGACUGCAGUAAGAAAGUCAGAUGCCCCGGAGAGUAACUCGGGCUCAUUAACGGAAGCUAAAGAAGAUAAAAUUUCUUCUAAUGAAGUGAACAGAAUACAAGAAAAGUCAGGUGAUAAUUACCAGAAGUCCAGUGAAGUUACAGCUUCUAAACAGCUUGGAAGUGUCAAUAAAGAUACCUCGUUAAUCCCACCAAAGUUGGAGUCAAAACCAAAGUUGAAUUUAUUUGCAUCCACUGAAGAGGACGAUGAGGAUAUAUUCUUUGGCUUUGAUUCUAAAACAUCUACUCAGUCAAAAACCACUUCAGUAGUUCAGGGCAUAAAAAAUGAAAAUGAAGGCCUAUUUGAUUCCCCAGACAGUGAUGAUGAUAUUUUUACUACCAUUCCUAAAAGUACCAACAAAGAUCAAGAAAAUUCUAAACCUUUCCAUGAAGAGGGGGAUAAGGAUAUACUCAAAAGUGUUGAGUCACAAUGCCAAGAAAAUACAUUAUCAGAAACUGAGAAGACAUUAAUACCACCACCCGUAAAUGAUAGAGAAAGUCCUCCUCCAUUGCCACAAAGUGCUAGUAGCAAUCACAGGUUUGAGCAGGUUAACGAAACUAUAUCAAAAACCAAGGCACAGUGUCCUCAGAAGCCAGAAGAGGAUUCAGUUCUAGAAGUGAACAAACAGAAACCACCCAAAGAUGAAAAUAAAGCUAAUCAAGAAACAAGUAAGGAAAACGAGUUGCCAAAGGAUGACAUUUUUGGACUUGAAGACAGUGAUGAUGAUUAUUUAUUCAAGAAUGCACACAUCUCUCCAAAAAAGUCUGUGAGUCUUGUCAAUCAAACCAGUCCACCUCCUUUCCCAGAAGAAGCAGAAGUGGUACCAAAGUCCAAUCAAAAACCAAAUGUAACUGAAUCAAAAAUCUCUUCUACAAAACCAGAGCAGACUCAGGAGAAAAUAGUGUCAGAUGGUACAAGAGAUGUGAAACCUCCAAAAGAACUGAAUGGAAAUUCAGUAGAAAAGAUAGCUGAAAAGGAUGUAAAUGAAGAUAAAGAAACAGAGAUUUUAGCAGAAGAAAAACCUAAGAAGAAACCCCCAGUUGGAGGUGUGUCUUUAUUUGGUGGAGGAGGAUUGGGUGGCAGUGAGUUAUUUGCAAAGGUAAAGCAGAGGAAAAGUAUGUUAGCAGCAUCCGAUAGUGAUGAAGAGGAAGUAGACAAUACUCCCUCAUUGCCAGGCUCAAAAUUGAAAGAAGAAAAUGUUAGCAAUAGUGGAUCCUCGGCAUCUACAAGUGAAACAUUUUCGCCUGUUAGUCCUUUAUCUCCUGUGAUGCCAAACGCUCUUCCUGUAAAUAAUACAGAUUGUGAAGCAGGUGUAAGCUUUGAAGACCCUAUUACAAGUAACACAGUACUUCAAAGUAUAAAUAAGACCCGAGCUAAAGGGAAUAAACAAAGAAGACCACCAAGUCGAGCACACAGGAAGGGUGUAAACACAAAUGUAAAGUCAGUCAUUGCCUCAGUGCCUCCAGUUGAUGUCCAUUCGGGCCUAGUCAAUAAUGUGGAAAAAUAUAAAAGCUCAGAGACUAAGAAUGAAACUGCAUCAAAACCUGCUAUUACCAGUAAAGAAAAUAAAGUAGUAGAUUCUAUAGAAACAGUUAGUGGUGUUGUGGAGAAAAAUAAAAUUAAAAGAAACACUGAGAAAAAUGAGGACACUUCAAGACCAAGCACAACUCAUCCCUUAAAAAACACAAAUGCUCUUGGAGGUAUAGUUGAGGAUGAUGAUGACCUUUUUAGCAAUCCAAAGACAAAGUCCUCUGCCAGAGGGAAAAAAUCAAACCCACCUCAUACCUCAUCCCUCUUCGGAGAAAGUAAUAGUGACGAUGACGAAGACCUGUUUGGGGCAUCUAAAUCGAGGAGCGCCUCUAGUGCAAGUGCAAAAGUUAAAGCCUCUCAGAGUGAUGUCAUAAGUGGUACAGCCAAACCAUCUGCCCAGGCAUUGUUUGGUGAUGAUGAUGAUGAUGACAUCUUCAGUUCAUCAGGUGUCGACACAAAGCCGCCUUCUAAUUUGCAGAAAACAGCAUCGGUAGUGAAGCCAAGGAGUACCUUAAAGCCGUCCAGUGAACCUUUUGAGGAUCCUCUUCUGGGGAAUUUGAAAUAAUCCUUUCAUACUUUCCCCUCCCGAGGUAUCUUCCAUGUUAGACUGAAAAGGUGCUAAUCAGUUUUCUCUGCUCUCAAAAUAAUAUAUUGUUACCUUUCAUAGGAACAAAACAGCAGGCUUGUUUUGUUUGAAGACUGUUAUUAAGGAAUUUAAGUGUUAUCAGAUUUAUUUGUUGGUUUGCAAAGGAUUUUGUGAUUUAAAAAAAUGUUACUACAAUCACAGUACUAUAUAAAUUUACUAUGUGAUUCUUUGCAGCACACUGUAUUGUAUAGCUGAUUAAUUAUAGCAGUUCCUAAUUUUUUUGUUUACAAUAUUUUUUGAAGGUAGGUCUCUUAAUCUUGUUAAUAUAGACUAUGGUUUCAGAUCCAUAUUGAUCUGGUUUUAUAAGAAGAAAAUAACUUGGCUUAUCCCCAUGUGUAUAAUGACACUGUCGGCUUGUAUCUACAAUAUUUAACUUAUAAAUAACAACACAGUACUUUGGUAUCAGCUAGCGAAACUUGUUGAUUAAGUUGAGUAAACAAAAGUUACCCCAAGGGGCCAUGUCUCUUCCUGCAGGCUGGAGUUUGAAAAUUUAGUUCAUUACAAAGAGUUUUGUAUAUCUGAAGAUUUUGCAGAGAAACCUCUUUUUUUUCUUUCUUUACUUUUAUUAUUCUUUCUUCUUGGUCUGAUGAAGGGUGAAUUGCACCCAUUAUAGCAUUCCAGUGUUGUGUGUUGAAGAUGAAAUGGAAAUUUACAUAAUAGUGAACAGCCUUAUUUUUUCUAUAUUAAGAAAAGAAUUCUUAGCCUCAAUCAUGUAUUUGAGGGACAAUGGUGUUGAGAAAAGUAUUUUCCCAACUAAUCAUUAACCUUGAUAUGUACAGAUUCAUUAUCCAGUCUUAUGAGAUUCAAUAUGUAACUUUAGUGAUCAGAUCAAACUAAAUUAUAUUUUAAUAAGACUUUCUGUCGUGUGAGUGUGUGUGUAUGUGUCUUAUGCAGACCUUUCCAUUUUGUUUUGUUUGAAAAAUAAAUAUUUUGCAAUUACAA